UUUCUUUUCUUUAUUUAUAUAUAUAUCUUACACUUCUCCCAAUUCUUCUCAUUCUUAAAAACAUUAAAACCCCAUCAAAUUCUUCCUUCAAAGUUCGUAACUUUUUGUUUUUUUUGGGUAAAGGGUUUUCAAAGUUCAAAAAUUUCCCAGAUAAAAUCAAUUAAAGAUCUCUUCUUUUCCAACGUCAAGAGCAAAACUUUUCCGGAAAAGAAAAAAACAGAGGAAUCGCCAAAAAUGAAUCAUCGAGCGAAACAGAGCACCAUAACUAACGCCACAGUUGUCUUUAUCAUCGUCUCCUCCGUAUGUUUUUUCUCCGGCGGGGUCUCUGGCUUGGGAGUAAACUGGGGAACAAUGGCGACUCAUCAGUUACCGCCGAAGACGGUGGUGGAGAUGCUUAGAGACAACAACAUACAGAAAGUGAAGCUGUUCGAUGCCGACACGAACACGAUGGGAGCUCUCGCUGGCUCAGGCAUCGAAGUGAUGGUGGCCAUCCCUAAUGAUCUGCUCAAAGCCAUGGGAAACCCCCAAAGAGCUAAAGAUUGGGUCCAAAGAAACGUCUCUCGAUUCAACUUUAACAACGGCGUUAAGAUCAAAUAUGUUGCUGUAGGGAACGAGCCGUUCUUGACAGCAUACAACGGAUCAUUCAUAAACCUAACGUACCCGGCACUCUUCAACAUCCAAACCGCUUUAAACGAAGCAGGAGUCGGUGAUUUCAUCAAAGCCACCGUUCCUUUAAACGCUGACGUUUACAACUCUCCUCCGGACAACCAAGUCCCAUCCGCCGGAAGAUUUCGUUCCGACAUCAUCCAAGAAAUGACACAAAUCGUUAACUUCCUCGCACAGAACAAAGCUCCUUUCACCGUCAACAUCUACCCUUUCCUCAGUCUCUACCUAAGCAGUGAAUUCCCUUUCGACUACGCUUUCUUUGACGGCCAAAACACCGUUAACGACAACGGUGUUAUCUACACGAACGUCUUCGACGCUAAUUUCGACACGCUUUUAGCUUCUUUAAAGGCGUUGGAUCACGGCGACAUGGAAGUGAUCGUUGGAGAAGUUGGUUGGCCUACUGAUGGAGACAAGAACGCUAACGUUCCAAACGCGGAGAGGUUUUAUUCCGGUUUGCUUCCGCGCUUGGCGAACAACGUAGGGACUCCUGUGCGUAAAGGUUACAUUGAGGUUUAUCUUUUUGGAUUAAUCGAUGAAGAUGCAAAAAGCGUAGCCCCGGGAAACUUCGAACGUCAUUGGGGGAUAUUCAAAUUCGACGGCAAACCCAAGUUCCCGGUUGGUUUUGGAGGACAAGGGCAGAAAAAGUACUUAACCGGAGCUCGAAACGUUCAGUACAUGCUAAACCAGUGGUGUAUGUUUAAUCCUAAUGGUCGUGGCAAUAUGAGUAAGCUCGGAGAUAACAUAGACUACGCGUGCUCGCUUUCGGACUGUACCGCUUUAGGUUACGGGUCAUCUUGUGGCAAUCUUGAUGCGAAUGGGAAUGCGUCUUAUGCGUUUAAUAUGUACUUCCAAGUGCAAAAUCAAGAAGCUCAAGCUUGCGAUUUUGAAGGGCUUGCGACGAUCACUACUAGGAAUAUAUCUCAAGGACAAUGUAAUUUCCCGAUCCAGAUCGGAGAGCCAUCGUCAGGUCAUUAUGAUUAUAGCUAUGGUUCGAUGGUUAAGUUGUGUUUGGUGAUGAGUGGCUUAGUGUUUCUUCUCCUAUCACAAUGAGAAAUUACGUUUGUGAUUGUUGUAUAUGACUGAUUCUUGGGUUCAUCAUUCAUUUGAAGGCUUUGUUCCAUUGGGUCAAAUCCAAAGUACGUUUUGUU